AUGAUGAUGAUGAUGAUGGAAUGGCCAAAGAAUAACAAGGCUAGGGAAAUCCAUUCAUCUCUGUUACUCCCUCUGUUUCUAGUACCACUUCAGUUGUUACUGGUCAUGGCUGGGCUGAGCUUUGAAAAUGGCCUUGACAAGCAGAAAGAAUGUUUCCAAGAUCCAGAAUAUGAAAAAUGGCUGGGUGUUGCUAGACAUGGACUAGGAAAGACCUUGAAGCCAAAGAUUGUUGUUGUGGUUGGAGCAGGAAUAAGUGGACUCACAGCUGCUAAAUUACUGAAAGAUGCUGGACACAAGGUUAUGAUUCUAGAAGCUAGUAAUCGUGUGGGAGGGCGGAUAAAAACGCACCGAGAGAAAGAUUGGUACGUGGAUUUGGGGCCUAUGCGUUUGCCCAAAGCCCACAGAAUUGUCCGUGAAUACCUUGGCAAAUUCAAUCUCAGUCUAAACCGAUUCUCUCAGAUUGAUGAGAAUGCCUGGUAUUUAUUUAAAAAUGUCAGACAAAGAGUGGCACAUGUCAGUGAAAACUCUGGAGUCUUUGGAUACCAAGUUAAACCCAGUGAGCAGGGGAAGUCUGCUGACAAGCUUUUUCAGGAUACGCUGGACAAGGCCACCAGAAACUGUACACUCUUGAAAGAGAAAUAUGACUCAUUUUCCACAAAGGAAUACUUAAUUAAGGAAGGAAAUCUGAGCAAGGGAGCAGUUGAUAUGAUUGGGGACCUUCUGAAUGAAGAGGCAGGGUUCCAUAUGUCCUUUCUUAACUCUCUCAUGGACUAUCUCAUAUACUCUGAAGACAGUUUUGAAGAAAUUACAGGUGGAUUCGAUCAGCUUCCCCAAGGUUUCUUCCGUCAAAUGCCUGGGAUCGUCCGUUUUAAUUGUACAGUGGAAAAGAUAGUUCACACAGACAAAAAAGUGGUAGUGUUUUACAGUAGGACAGCCACAUCUCCAUCAUCAUUCCUUGUUGCUGACAAUGUGCUCAUUACAGCCACAGCAAAAGCCACACGACUCAUCAAAUUCCUGCCUCCUCUUUCUGCUGCCAAGGCUCAUGCUCUGCGGUCCUUGAAUUAUGCAAGUGCUACUAAAAUUGCAUUGGUUUGCACUAAGAAAUUUUGGGAGAAGGAUGGGAUUCGAGGUGGAAAAUCAAUCACAGAUCACCCAUCUCGGACUAUUUACUACCCAAACCAUGACUUUCACAAUGGUGUUGGAGUCCUCCUCGCUUCCUACACUUGGUUUGGUGAAGCUGACUUCUAUGUUCCACUCAGUGAGGAAAAGUGUAUUGAUGUGGUGAUGGAUGACCUUGCAGAAAUCCACCAAAUAUCUAAAAAAUAUCUCCAAUCUGUUUGCCAUAAGCAUGUGAUACAGAGAUGGGCCCUGGACCAAUAUGCAAUGGGAGCAUUCAGCAUCUUCACUCCAUACCAAUUCACCCACUUUUCUAAUGCGUUGUCCCAGAACGAAGGCAGGAUCUACUUUGCAGGAGAACAUACAGUUCAUCCUCAUGCUUGGAUUGACAGUGCAAUGAAAUCUGCUAUAAGGGCAGCAAGUAAUAUACACAGUGGGAAAAGCUGUGCUUUGGAGCAGAGACAAAAAUAAUGGGAUGCCCUGUUUGGCUCUAAAAGGACUUUGGCGAAUGAUUUGGGAGCAUCUGAUGCUGCAGCAUUUGUGAAGCUAACCAGGUGUUGAUCUGGUCAGUCACCUGGAUGAGAAGUCACUGUAGCCUGCAUGUGAACAAAUAUAUAUAAUUAUAAUUUACUAGCA